AUGGCGCAGGGCAACAAGGUCUUUGCGCCUGUCAUCUUCUUUAUCGCGGCGAGGGAGGCGCUCGAGGCCUCCCUCGUCAUGGGCAUCCUCACCGGUAUGCUCGAGAACCUCGUCGAGGGCGACAAGCCCGUCACCGGGUCGUCGUCGCCGGCCAACAGCAUCGAUGAAAAGGACGACGAAAAGAAGAAGAAGCUCAUCAAGCGGCUGAGGAAGAUUGUCCUGCUCGGCGCCGCCUGCGGGCUGCUGGUCGCCGUCAUCAUCGGCUCGGCGUUCCUGGCCAUCUUCUACACGCAGACCAACGACCUCUACGGGCGGGCCGAGGAGCUGUGGGAGGGCAUCUUCAACUUGGUCGCCGUCCUGCUCAUCACGCCCAUGGCGCUCGCCAUCCUGCGCGCCAACCAGAGCAAGCAAAAGUGGCGCAAGAAGCUCGCCAAUGCCUUUGCCGCCGAGACGAUCCAGGCCAAGAGCGGCGGCCAGCAGCAGCAGGACCUGCGUGAGAAGGCGUCGACUUCCGGCAGCAGCGACGACGACCAGCACCACGAUGCCAUCACCACCGUGCCGCAGCUGGGCUCGAGCUCGAGCUCGAUCGAGCAGGGCGAUGCCACCAAGACGCCGGCGAGCGACCUCAAGGCGGACCCGAUGGACUCUGCCGCCGUCGCCGGCAAGCCUGCCGCGACGUCGUGGUACGGCCGGCUUCGCGAGCGCAUGACGCGGGGCACUCUGGCGCUCUUCACCAUCCCCUUUGUCACGGUGCUGCGAGAGGGCCUCGAGGGCUUCGUGUUCAUCGGGGGUGUCUCGCUCUCGCUGCCGGCCAGCUCGAUCCCCUUUCCCGCCAUCCUGGGCCUGGCCGUCGGGCUGCUGGUGGGCUUCGUCAUUUUCCGGUCCAACAGCGUGCUGGGCGUGCGCGCCUUUCUGCUGGGCUCGACGUGCCUGCUGCUGCUCAUCGCCGCUGGCAUGGCGUCGAGGUCGGUCUACUACCUUCAGUUCUACCGCUACAUCCAGCUGGUGGGUGACGCGGCGGCCGAGAGUGGAUCGGGCCCGGGCAGCUACCAGAGCGAUGGGUACAUCUGGCACUUCAACUACGGCAACCCGGAGGUCAAGACGGGGGCGGGUGCCGGGUGGGGCAUCCUCAACUCGCUCGUCGGCUGGAACAAUACGGCGACGUAUGGCAGCGUGUUUAUGUACGUGGGCUACUGGCUGGCGGUGACGGCGUACCUGCUGGCGUGCUGGUGGAAGGAGGGGCGCGCCAGGGUGGCGUGGGGCGGCAAGACGCUGUGGGAGAGCGGGCGGGCGGCAGCGGUGCGCAAGCAGCGAGCGGCGCGGCUGGCGCAAAGGACGCAGGCCGGCUCGUGCAGCGUCGUCGAGGCCUAG